CCAUGACCCUGCAACAGUGGUGGCUGAUUUUGACUGUAGAAUGCAUCUUUACUUGCAUCUCAAGUCAGACUUUUCCUCAGAAGAGACAAUGUGCAUUUCAGGUGACUCCUCAGAACAAAAAAUACACAACAGCUGGCAAUGUGAGCGGGUCAGUGCAGCUCUGUGAACAUGCCAAAUGCUGCGUGGGUUAUUUUCUGAUUGUCAAUGGUCAGCCAGAGGUUGACCUUCUUGCCUGUGAUAUGGCUGAGAAGUCUUGCCCAGAUGCAACCUGCGAGGCGAGAACACACAACAGUCGACUCAUUAAAUGUGUGUGCCACACGGACCUCUGCAACAGCAACAUCACAUGGACCCCAGAGUCAGAAGAGCCUCGACCCACCUGCUCUCAUUCUGUAGGUAAGAUCAUGAAAGCGGCUAUAAUAACUCUGACUGGAGUUUUGCUGUGCCUCACCAUUGUUGCUGUCAAAAGGAGAAACCUAUUUAAAAACACAAAGGAGAAUCCACCUCUCCUUGAUGAUUACAGCGUCUCACCACUCUGCUCCUGCCAAACAAUGAAAACCUCUGAGAUUGACGUUUCUGACAUUGAGCUGCAGCAGAUUGUGGGCCAUGGUCAUUUUGCAACUGUUUGGCAGGGGAAAUAUCAGGGAUCCAUGGUAGCUGUGAAAGUUUUCCCUGAAGGUUGGAAACAUCCAUUUACUGUAGAGAAGGAGGUCUAUGAGCUCCCACUAAUGAAGCAUGCUGGGAUUGUCCACUUCCUGGGCACUGGCAGGACACCGGUUGGAGGCAGUUGGCUCAUUGUGCUGCACUUUGCAGAACAUGGUUCUCUCCACUCCUAUCUGUGUAAACACACCACCAACUGGACGAUGUCACUGAAGCUGUGCCAGUCUUUAUCGCAGGGACUUUCCUAUCUCCACUCUGACGUUCAGAGACACGAUGUGCAUAAACCCCCUGUGGCCCACAGAGACUUGAGCAGCUCCAACGUGCUCGUGAGAGCAGAUGGUACCUGCGUCCUGUGUGAUUUUGGAUGCUCAACCAUCCUGCGUUCCUGUUCAGGACAUCGCUGCUGGCGGAGCCACGCAAUAAACAUGGAGGGUCAUGCUCAGUUGGGCACGCUGCGUUACAUGUCCCCUGAGAUCCUGGAAGGCUCAGUAAACCUGAGCAGCAGCUGGUGUCUCAUGCAGGCGGACAUCUAUGCUUUGGGGCUGCUGCUGUGGGAAAUCUGGAUGUGCUGCUCUGAUUUAUUUGAAGGCGGUAUUGCUCCACAGCAUCUGCUGCCUUAUGAAUCUGAGUUGGGAGGCGAUGUCACACUGGACAGCCUGAUCCAGCACGUGUGUCACAUGGAAAAGAGACCCUCCAUACCUAAACACUGGAAACUGCUACCACAGGGCUCUGUGCUGCAGGAGCUCCUGACAGACUGUUGGGACUGUGACCCAGAUGCCCGACUGACUGCUCGGUGUGUUUUGGACAGAUUAGUUUCUCUGCAGUCUUGUGUCUCUCCAUGA